ACUAACUAACUAAAAGACUCCCUGUGGCAUGGUACAGUUAUUUUCUAUUCAUCUUGUUCAUGAGUUUACUAAUGACAGCGACACUGAGGGAAAUGAUGACGCUUUGUCUUAUACCUGUUCCGGACUUGAUAAUGGAGUAGCCCAGAAUGCCUGCUGCUGAUGGAUUCUUCGGAACUCCUCUCCUACUUUGCGAGUCCCACAGUAAUUACUGAGCAAAAGACGAGGCAGUGCCUAGCACGUCUGAAGAAGCACAGUCAGAGCCAUGGCCUAAGUAACCAGGAAUGUCUGCAGUUGAUUCAAGCUGCCAGUAGCUCUCGGUUUGAUCCACAGGUUUCUUGCCAGCUGGUACAAUGCUUGCUACCCGCAGAAGUGGUUUCAGCUAGCUGUGUCUACUUCACUAUAUCUGUGUUAUCUAGUGACAUUGCUUGUCAAGACGCACAAGUGUUACUGCUAGAAUGGCUGGUUCAGAUUUAUCCGUACAUUCGUAUGGAUCACAUCUUUGCACAGCUGUACAACGUGAUGGUUCACUUACUCAAGCAAUCCCAUCUGAUCACACCAGUCUGCCAUCUCCUAUACCACGUCACACAGCACACAGACGUAACACCGUAUCGCGUGAGUGUGCUGCUGGCACUGCGACAGCAACAGAAGGACUCUGAUCCAGAGUUGGAUGCUAUCACCGCUGUACUCUAUGUCUAUCAGUUACAUUGUCCACACUUAGUGCCAGUUGACCUUGAAGUCAGCGAUGACAAGGUCUGGCGGUUAUUCACUCUAUCAGAAUCUCAGAGAUCCUGUGCUGCUGCUAUCAGCUCUAUGCAGAUGAGGGCAGUGGUGGCAACGGGGAAUUCCCAUCCGGAGGGGAACGGCAGCAUCGCAAGCAAUCAAGUUCAUGAAGGGGAAACCCCAGGAAAGAAGAGGAAACAUGGAGAUCUCAUUGCUAGAACGCCAUCAGGGCACUCAUCUCUACCCACACCCACGCUUACCGGGGAUGGUGCUAUGGCAAACCUUGCAGAUCAGCCUGGACCUCGUCAAACACUGGAGUUCUUUAGAUCGUUUGCCGCUUCAAAGAUAGCUGACGACGUUGACGUUGCUGUCCUGGACAAGCACCUCGUCCUCUACUUGCUGGCAAGUGGUGUGGAUGUUGUGGCCAGGCUGAGAUUGUGCACUAGACUACAUACCAUACUGUGGAGCGAGAUCCUGCAUCAGCGGUCGUGGACGACGGAGCGAGUAUGCCAUGUGAAGCGUGUCCUAUCAGCUGUUGCCUUGGUUACUGAGUUCCUUGGAGAACCUCUUCCUGUGGUGGAGGAGUUCUUACAGGAAUAUCUGACCACUUGGGACGGCAGCAUGUUUUUUGAUGAAAUUCUCCGUCUGUUGUGCCAUGUACGACUGCGCAACUUCAGUGAGCUUGAGAGUGUGUUCUUGCAGCCUCUGCAUCACCUCUACAUGACCGUGUCUGCACAGGAGAAAGCAAAGAUUGUGCACUGUUGGCGCAGGAUGUUCUGCAAUUUUGUGAAGAUUGAGACUGUCAAUCACCUGAAGGCAACAAGCGAUAUGGCCUGUGAUGAGAAUGGCAUUGAUGAAAGGAUAGCGCACCGGCGCUUGUUUCCCAGACCAAGUUCCGGUGUUGUCAAUGGCAAGGACACUGUCGCCCGUUUUGUGGCGUUUGCUGAUCAUCAUGCCUUCGUUGGUCUGCAGGCGGAGGAGAAUGCACCUGUUCUGCAACAAGCUGUUCUCAGGUUUUUCUUCGAUGUUGAGCGAAUGGCAUUGCUGGAUGGCGUGUGCUUCUUGCCCUUCCCGUCUCCUAAAACAACGUAUUGUCUACUGCUCUCACACAACUCAGCAGCCGUCUCAGACCUCUGCUUCAUCUUCUCCCGCCUAUACAAGAGUAUGUGUCUGUUAUGUUCUUCCACCAAGCAUGCAUGGAAUUUUGUGGCUGAAUGGCAACAGCGGACAAGAGUGACACACAUGUUCAAUCGUAUAGUCCUGGACAUUGUCAACAUGCUUUUCAAGGGUAACCUUUUCCCUGCUAAUGUGGACCGGCGUGGUGCUACGUCCAUCUUCCAAAUGACAUGGAAAAGUGUACUGUCGUUGAAGCUAGGGCGACCACCCAGCGAUGCUCUAACUCUCUUCCGUCACGUGGUGUUCCUGGGCAAUGUAUGUCUGUUCCGGUAUGAACAGCAGCAACACAAGACAACAACAUCAACAAAUGCCAGGCGGUCAUCAUCGUCAUCAUCGUCAUCAUCGUCGUCGUUAUCAUCAUCAAAGCCAUCAUCAAAACCAUCAUCAAAACCACCAAAGCCAUCAUCAAAGCCAUCAUCAAAGCCGUCACCAAAGCCAUCAUCAAAGCCGUCAUCAAAUCCAUCAUCGCUGCCAAGCAGUCCCACUUCAGAACAUGACGUAACGUUUGAAGAACGAGACCAGUUUGUUGCUUUCUUGAAGGAGCGGCAUUUCGCCGGCAUUGACGAAUUUCAGAAGGUUUUCUUUUCCAAGGCGCAGAACUGAGCCACGCAGAACUGAGCCACGCAGCAUGGCAUUGAAGCACACUAUGCAUUCAAUGUAACUUGCUUACCGGCUUACCGGCUUACCUUAGCUUGAUAUCUAUCACUUCAGUUUGCCUCUCCUAGUUUUUUCCCUGUCUAGGUUUGUGUCACUUACAAUGGCGUUCAGAACGACCACAUUCUAGAUGAGUUGUUCCAGCUGUCGCUGUUGCGUCGCUGCUGUCCGUACUUGAGUAUGCUUAUGUGUAGCAACGGCUGUUUCUGUUCACACUUGCUGUACCAAUGUUCUAACCCUUAUAGUUUUCCCUUACUCUCUGCGCUGUACUUUUUAGAUUUUUAGACUUUAGUUUAGUUUUGCUUUGUUCUGCAACACAAAACCAUGCAUACAUUCAGCAUCAGUGCAUGGUAGCUUAUGUGCACAAGUACACAUACAAAAACACAAUCAUACACCUACACCUACACAUACUUGUACAUGUGCAGUCUUUAGUUUUUUUUUAGUGUGCCGUGGGUAUUUCAACUUAUUUCAUAAGAACCUCCUUUUAUUCUGAUAUUUUUUUUAGAUCUUGGUGUCUGUUACAGUGCAUGUGUGUUUAUUGAUGCUGUGAAAGUACUGAAGUAGCCAUAACUUCCCCCUUGACUCUCUACCCCGCCCAAUCGGCCACCAUCCCUAGCACAGCAGCACUGCUCGUGUUAUAGGUGUAUUAGGUGUAUUGUGAAGAGAACAUGUUUUCAAUUUAUAUAAUCAGAGUACUUUCCUUCGGUCAGAGCGUCACUUUCAUGCUCGAAUGUGUUGCUGCGAUGCUAUUGACUUAGUGGGAGCCUGUUGUGUGCAUGUACAUGUACAUGUAUGUUGUUUUCCGCUAAGUUCGUUGAAGUAACGUCAGUAGCAAAGAGUACAUUAUCCCCCUGGCCCAGAAUGCGGACCUCCUCAUAAAAUAUCAUCACGGCUCGCUUUACCCCAUUGUUUGCCUGCCUUGACAUUUUUGCAAAGGAUUGGAUGACAGAAUCACAUUCA